CGGCUCGGCCGCCCCACCGCGCGCUCUCCUCGCCGCUCCCGCCGCAGCCCCAGGGCCCCUCGCCGCCGCCACCAUGGACGCCAUCAAGAAGAAGAUGCAGAUGCUCAAGCUCGACAAGGAGAACGCCUUGGAUCGAGCCGAGCAGGCGGAAGCCGAUAAGAAGGCGGCGGAGGACAGAAGCAAGCAGCUCGAGGAGGACAUCGCGGCGAAGGAGAACCUGCUGCGGGCGUCGGAGGACGAGCGGGACCGGGUGCUGGAGGAGCUGCACAAGGCGGAGGACAGCCUCCUGGCCGCGGAUGAGGCCGCCGCCAAGCUGGAAGAUGAGCUGGUGUCGCUGCAAAAGAAACUCAAGGGCACCGAAGAUGAACUGGACAAAUACUCCGAGGCUCUCAAAGAUGCCCAGGAGAAGUUGGAGCUGGCGGAGAAAAAGGCUACAGACGCUGAAGCCGACGUAGCUUCUCUGAACAGACGCAUCCAGCUGGUUGAGGAAGAGUUGGAUCGUGCCCAAGAGCGACUGGCAACAGCUUUGCAGAAGCUGGAGGAGGCUGAGAAGGCCGCGGACGAGAGCGAGAGAGGCAUGAAAGUCAUUGAAAGUCGAGCCCAAAAGGAUGAGGAGAAAAUGGAAAUUCAGGAGAUCCAACUGAAAGAGGCCAAGCACAUUGCUGAAGAUGCCGACCGCAAGUAUGAAGAGGUGGCCCGUAAGCUGGUCAUCAUCGAGAGUGACCUGGAACGCGCGGAGGAGCGGGCUGAGCUUUCAGAAAGCAAAUGUGCCGAGCUUGAAGAAGAAUUGAAAACUGUGACGAACAACUUGAAGUCACUGGAGGCUCAGGCUGAGAAGUACUCUCAGAAGGAAGACAAAUACGAGGAAGAGAUCAAGGUCCUUUCUGACAAGCUGAAGGAGGCCGAGACUCGGGCUGAGUUUGCGGAGAGGUCAGUAACUAAGUUGGAGAAAAGCAUUGAUGACUUAGAAGACGAGCUGUACGCUCAGAAACUGAAGUACAAAGCCAUCAGCGAGGAGCUGGACCACGCUCUCAACGAUAUGACUUCCAUGUAAAUGUCAUCCACCCUGCCUGCUCACAUCCGUGCCCUCAUGCUAAUACGAUAAACUCACCACUGCUCCCUUCUGUACUUCCAGAAGCUCCAUCUUCACACCUUUCUGUUUACUCUCUUUGCAUCACCUAGGAUAGUUUGGUUUUGUUCACAUUCUACUAAUAUAAAAGCCAAGCAGAUUAAGUCUCUCUGUACAAAUCAUUUUCCUUUCAGAAUCUGUUUCUUUCACAAUCUCUGAGCUAGAUUGUUCCCACCAAGCAGUGAACUGAAAUAUGAAGGACUUGAGAGCUACCCUUUUAGGAAAUCAAACUAGGCUCAAGUAAAAUUGAAGGCCAUGCCAUCGUGCACAAACUUCGCCAGAAAUAUCCAAAAAAUUGGUAUCCUGAGAUUCAGUUAAAUACAAUAUGACCAUUUUUGUAAAAGAUCUAUAAAUUUAAGGAACCCUAAAGUUCCUUAAGUCCAGUUAUUGAUGAUCUGAGAGGAAAUUGAUCUGGUACAGCCUAAGAAAUGGUGCUGUGAGAGAUCAUCUCUUCCUCGCUUUUAAGAAUUCUGGAGAGAAAUGGUUCAUCUGCUGAAUACCAGAGCCUUUAAUUUUCUGUGUUUAGAUAAAAGGAAUUGAAAUAUUCACAACGAACACCACAACUGGUGUCAGAGAAUUGGGAAAUAAAACCCUGAUUGCCCAGUAUGAGUUCGGGAGUUAAUGCCCACUUUUAACUGCAUGAGGCAGUGAGAGUUGGAGUAGAUCCCUUGUUCUCAUGAGAGUUUUGAGCAUAUACAACUAAUCCGCAUAUUACUAACUAAACCUAAGCAUCACACUUUUCUGCCUCUUUAAAUUCUAACCUGGAGCUUUCCACAGAGGGUUCCCUUCGUUCUAAUAAUAUGGCACUGAAUUCCAUGUAAGCUGGAAAUUUGCAGACCCACCUAUGCAGGGAAAUGAUAGCCUGAAGGGUGUGGCCUGUCCCUGCCGCCUCACAGGUUCUAGAAUCUCCACAUCACCAUGAGAUGCAUUGACUGUCCCCAUGGAAAGUAAAGAGAAUUCCAUGCUCCUUUCCCUCAUUUGUAAAUGCGGGAUGAAUCAGAAUCGCUGUCUCUAAGGUCUUUUCCAGUGCUAAAAUGUGGUGAUUCUAAAGGGAAAACUCGUGACAUUGUGUACGAUUAACUAUUCUGAAAGGUGGGUUAGCUUAAAGUCUGUUUUUAAACUCUUGUUCUUGGGUCUUCUUCGCAAUGGCCCCUCGCCCGGAGGGGCGUAUGCUGGCCUUGGGUCCCAACGCUGGCGGGUGAGGAUGGGCAUCCUCCUGCAGGUGCGGCUGGCAGCGGGUUUUGCAUGUCUGCUUCUGGUCUGUGUGUCAAGUGCUGCUCUCCUCUGUUAGUUUGAUUUUCCUUUUUUCCAUUGUGCCACUUUGUUUUCCUUUUCUCCCACCUUUUCUCCUCAUGCAGAUAAGUUUCUUUGCCUCACUUCUCCCGAGACCCCUUCAUCAAGCUGGCUGUCCCACCUCUCUGAGCUCUGCAGUUUGUCUCUUCUCCAGCUGACCUGGCUCGUUCCUUUAGCCUCCUGCCUCAGGGCCAGGCACACUGCUUUCCAUUGUACAGAAGCUCUUCAUUUCAGUGUCAAAUAAACACUGUGCAAGCUGUUUCUGUUUGCUCUUCUCUUUACUUAUUUAUUGACAUUUUUUGUUUCAACACUGAAUAAAACUACAAAUCUACUUCACAUAUAUGAGGGUUAGUUUUUGGCUGCUCCCCCCCUUCAUGCUGAACAUUAAUAUUAAAAGUUUCUAAAGCAGUAGUUCCAUACGGAACUUUUAAAAAAUACUCAUGCGUGGGUCCCUCUCAGAGUUUUGGUUUGUAAAGUUUAGAAUGAGGCCUGGGCAUCUCGGUGGGGGUGGGGGGGUUUGUUUUGUGUUUUUGAGAGGGUGAUGGUUCUGGUAUAUAAUCCUCAUUGAGAAC